UUUUUUCAAGAUCCACUUCUAGAGCGGUUAGGCAAAACCGCGCGCCAUUUGGCCAGAGCCCACCGCCCAGCCAGCGAGGAAUCCUGAUUUGGAGCACUGGACGGGACGCGUUGCCAUUAGCUGUCGCGUCAGUUACGUUUUGCUUGCCCUGUUCUCGUUCGGCCUUGACAACCCGGAAAUCCUCCAGCCCUCUAGUCCCCAACGACGCAGGAAGCAGGAUCGAGCCGAAUCCUCCGGAACUCGCCGCCGGGGCCAACCGACCUCACACUAUUGAUCGAGGAUGUCGUACGCCUACCUCUUCAAGUACAUCAUCAUCGGCGACACAGGCGUGGGGAAGUCAUGCCUGCUGCUGCAGUUCACGGAUAAGCGCUUCCAGCCCGUGCACGAUCUCACCAUCGGCGUUGAAUUUGGCGCCCGCAUGAUCACCAUCGACAACAAGCCCAUCAAACUCCAGAUUUGGGACACGGCUGGCCAAGAAUCAUUCAGAUCUAUUACUAGGUCAUACUACAGAGGAGCUGCUGGAGCCCUUUUGGUUUAUGAUAUCACUAGGAGGGAGACCUUCAAUCAUCUCGCAAGUUGGCUAGAAGAUGCCAGGCAACAUGCAAAUGCUAACAUGACAGUGAUGCUGAUUGGAAACAAAUGUGACCUUUCUCAUAGGCGUGCUGUCAGCUAUGAGGAAGGCGAACAGUUUGCCAAGGAGCAUGGUCUGGUUUUUAUGGAGGCAUCUGCUAAAACUGCACAAAACGUCGAGGAGGCAUUCAUUAAGACCGCUGGUACAAUAUACAAGAAAAUCCAAGAUGGCAUAUUUGAUGUAUCAAAUGAGUUCGGGAUGGAGGGAGUGCAUGUCUUCCGUAUGAAUUGUCCAGGGGCAGGGUUGUACCGUGCUAUCCUUUUUUGUAUUUGUUCAUGAGACAUCGUAAUCUUUUAUAUUUUUUGCAUUAUAUAAUGUUUUCCCAAAAUGUUACAGUCCAACGGGAUCAAAGUUGGCUAUGCUGUUCCCAACUCAUCUGGAGGUGGUGCUGGCUCGUCCUCACAGGCUGGUGGCUGCUGCAGUUGAGCGGUGGCAGCAAGUCAUACAAUUGCAAGGGUUCUCUCUGCAGUAUCUUGAUGUUUGCCUAUAGCUGGCCCCGGAUGAUUUGUUCUUUCAGCCAUCACGUUUCAAUCCAUGAACAAACCAUCUUCAGUGUUAGUUGUCAUUCAAACUUGUGCGAUCUUUCUGUAAAGCCAAUCAUUCACGAUUGCUAACGUAUGUGCUUUCUGUAACCAAAUUGAAAUCAGUUCUAUGGUAUUCAUUUGUUCAAAAUGUAUAUAUAUGCUUCUCUGCAACCCUAUCGCUACGAUGAAAUCUGGUGGUGCUUAUAGCAA